AUGAAAAAGAAGAUUGAUUUGAUAGUUGAGGAGUUAUCAACAUGGGAGGAAGGAAUAGAGGUAAAUGAAUCGGUUUUCUAUCUUGAAUCUCAAAAUGAUGUGGAAUGUCCUCACAGAAUAGUGAUAGAUCAGGAAUCACGUGGUAUGGGUUUAAAGAUUGUUAGUGUUGCUCCAGACAAUGCGAAAAAGUCGUUGCCAACUGUGCCCGCUACAAUAUUGUUGGUCGACCCCACCACCGGUAUACCACAGGCAUUGGUAGGUGGCACUUUCCUCACCGGUUUUAGAACGGCAGCAGGAACUGCAGUUGCGGUCAAGUAUUUGGAACGAUCCAAAAGCGAUUGUAAGGUUCUCUCGAUAUUCGGUUCUGGAUUGCAGGCACUCUGUCAUAUUGAGGCUAUCCUCCAUGUGAGACCAUCGAUCAAAACCGUCAGAAUUCACAGUCGCACCACUGAAAACGUUCAUACUCUCAUUGGCCAGUUGCGAUCGAAACCAUAUAUACCUGAGGAUAUAGAGUUUGUCUAUGAGGCAGAUGUAAACACGAUGGUUGGCGAUGCCGAUAUUGUGGUGACUGCAACUUCAUCGUCGACGCCAGUUUUUGAUGGCGCUUCAUUAAAAGACGGAUCAAUGGUGAUUUCAGUUGGCUCGGCAAAACCAACAGCCAGAGAAUUGGAUUCAACUGUUAUGAAUAGAGCUUGUUUGGUGGUUGUAGACGAUAUUCAUUCAGCGGGUGUCAGUGGUGAUAUCACCUCACCAAUUCAAGAAGGUUCACUUAAACCGGAAGAUAUCAUCAAACUAUGUCAAGUUGUCAAGGAAAAAGGUAUCAUAUCAACACCACCAAACAGACAAUCUGAAAAACAAACAAUCAUUUUUUAUAAAUCAGCAGGUACAGCUAUUCAAGAUAUUUCAACAGCAAAUAUGUUAUAUAACAAAGCAAUAAGAUUAGGUAAAGGUUUAAAUGUACAAACAUAA